AUGCAGCUGCCAUUUCGGUCUAUUCUCCUGCUGCGGAAUGAAAAGGAUGCCGAUUACUGCUGGACACGAGAAGACUUUCCUCAAGACAUUCCCAUCUUGAACUUGAACUCGAAUCAAAGUCUUUAUCUAAAGCAGAUAUUCAACUCUGAGAUUUUGGCAAUGGUUUGUCAGAACCGCAGUGAAGGCGACACCAUGAAGACUCUCUACAGAAAUCUACAGGAUAUUCGCUACACUCCAACCAUCCUCAUGACCCGAUCGGAUACCAGUCUCAGUGCUUUGUUCGAAGGCUGCCGCACCCACAAUAUGCUCAAUGUGUUGGCCCUGAAGGACUUUGAUCCCGAAUUUGUCUACAGCUAUCGUGCGUUUCCUCAUCUGCAGGUGGUGAAGCGUCGAGGGUCCCACAUCCGUCGCUACUUUGAGCCACAACUGAGGAACAUGCAAGGAGCCCGAAUCAACGUUUUACCCGACAACAUUAUGCCUCGCACAGUGGUCUAUCGAGAUGGUCAGGGGCGUCGUCAGAUGACGGGAUACCUAGCGCACCUAAUGAGGAACUUUGUCAGCACAUUGAAUGCCACUAUGAAUAUCUGCUGGGACUACGUGCCAGAGGAGGAGAGCAUUAAUAAAAUGUCAAUAGCCAGCCUUAUGGAAAACGCAACUGUGGACUUUCCGCUGGUCGUAGACAGUGCUGGCGCAUACCCGGACGCACAUAACAUUGUGAUGGAGCUCUCCAGUUGGUUUCUCAUACUCCCCAUGGAGGCGAACAUUCCUCGUGCGCGUCUCUUCUACAGGAUUAAAGUGUACCAGCUGAUCCCCUUGUUAAUGCUCGUGGCUCUUGUGCUCAGUAAUGCUCAGCGCCUGGAGGCAGGGUUGGGUCCCAGCGUAAGUUUUGGCAACAUUUGGGACUAUGUCCUACGAGGAUUCCUGGCCCAACCACUUGUGCUGCCCCAUGGCCUCUCCGCGAGGCUGAUGUUUAUCUAUGGGCUUCUGUUUUUGAAUACCUUAACCGUGUCGAGCAUUUACAAUGUCAAUCUGGAAUCGCAGUUUGUGCAUCCACCCAUCGAUCAUCAAAUUCGAAGUUUCGAGGACAUGCGAUUGGAGCAUCUAAAGGUGCUCGUUAUGUCGGUCGAUUUUCACUUCAUAAAGAAGAUUCUCGGUGACAGAAAUUUCGAGAAAAUAAGGGACAUCUUUGAGGUGACCAACUCCUCGAUAUAUUUCCAAACAAUGCGCAGCACCCUGAACCCCUCCUAUGCAUAUCCCAUAACCACCACCUUCUGGCCACUGCUUCACCUGGCGCAGGCCAGGCUAACUCGUCCCACCUUUCGCAGAUCUAGGGACUUACAGUUCUGCCGGGCACUGAUUUUGGCUCUGCCCCUGCCAAGGAACUCAAUCUACCGGCAGGAAUUUAAAAACUUUCUCGACAAUGCCCGUGCCAGUGGUCUGUACUCGCACUGGUUCAGGCAGACCUUCAAUGAGCUCAUUUGCUUGGAUAAGAUCAAGUUCAAUGUGGACAAUAGCAGCCAGCUCUAUCAGGACUUAAAGUGGGAGGACUUCUACUUCAUUUGGUUGGCAUAUAUUGGCGGAGUUUUGGCCAGUCUGCUGGUGUUUCUUGUGGAAGUUUUGCAUCGCAAUUAA